GCUCUGAGGGGAGGAGCCUCCUGGAAGGGGGCAGGGCAUGUGAGCGGCGGGGGCGGGGCGAACUGGUUGGCGCAGGCGCAGAGCAGACGGGGUGCUGCGGCCUCCAGGUCACCUGAGCGCGAUGGAUGAGGAGAAAAUGGAAAUCCCAACUCCUCCAACGUCUAAGUGCAAAAUUAUUUACUGGAAAAGGAAAGUCAAGUCUGAAUAUAUGCGUCUUCGGCAGCUCAAGAGGUUUCAGGCAAACAUGGGAGCGAAGGCUCUGUUUGUGGCCAAUUUUGCAAAGGUUCAAGAAAAAACUCAAAUUCUGAAUGAAGACUGGAAGAAGCUUCGAGUUCAGCCAGUCCCGCUAAUGAAACCAGGCACUGGGCACCCUUUCCUGAAACAGUGUACCGUUGAGAGCAAUUAUCCCGGAUUCCCAAACCAGACCAUCUUCAUGAGGUCACUAAACACAGUAGCGUUGGUGCCUAUUAUGUAUUCCUGGUCCCCUCUUCAGCAGAAUUUCAUGGUGGAGGAUGAGACUGUGCUGUGCAAUAUCCCCUACAUGGGAGAUGAGGUGAAGGAGGAAGAUGAAACCUUCAUUGAAGAGCUAAUUAAUAACUACGACGGGAAAGUUCACGGCGAGGAAGAGAUGAUUACAGGGUCCGUCCUUAUCAGCGAUGCUGUGUUCCUGGAGCUCGUUGACGCUCUGAAUCAGUACUCAGAUGAGGAAGAAGAAGGGCUCAAUGACUCCGAGGGUAAACAGGAGGAUGGGAAGGAGGAGCUGCCAGUCACAAGAAAAAGAAAGCGAACCACAAUGGAAGGCAACAAAAAGUGUUCAAAGAAGCAGUUCCCAAAUGACAUGAUCUUCAGUGCUAUUUCUUCAAUGUUUCCUGAGAACGGCUUUCCGGAAGACAUGAAAGAGCGGUACAGGGAACUUACUGAACAGUCUGAUCCGAACGUGCUGCCCCCCCAAUGCACUCCAAACAUUGAUGGGCCAUGUGCAAAGUCAGUCCAGCGGGAGCAGUCCCUGCAUUCUUUUCAUACACUCUUCUGCAGACGUUGCUUCAAAUAUGACUGUUUUCUGCAUCCUUUCCAUGCGACUCCUAAUGUCUAUAAACGGAAGAACAGAGAGAUCAAGAUUGAGCCAGAUCCCUGCGGGACAGAUUGUUUCCUUUGGCUGGAGGGAGCCAAGGAGUUUGCAGUGCUGCACAAUCCCCGGUCCAAAUGCUCAGGUAGGCGACGCCGUAGGCACCAUGUAGUCAGUGCUUCCAGCUCAAACCCCUCGGCUUCCUCCACCACUGAGACAAGGGAGGGAGACAGCGACAGAGACACAGGCAACGACUGGGCCUCGAGUUCCUCAGAGGCCAACUCCCGAAGCCAGACCCCCACCAAGCAGAAGGGCAGCCCUGCCUCCUCUCAGCUCUUUGUGAUGGAAGCACCGCAGGAACUCAUCGAGUGGACGGGGGCUGAGGAGUCACUCUUCCGCGUGCUCCACGGCACCUACUUCAACAACUUCUGCUCCAUAGCCAGGCUGCUGGGCACGAAAACCUGCAAGCAGGUCUUCCAGUUUGCGGUGAAAGAAUCCCUUAUAAUGAAACUGCCGACCAGCGAGCUCAUGAAUCCAUCCCAAAAGAAAAAGAGGAAGCACAGGCUGUGGGCUGCGCACUGCAGGAAGAUCCAGUUGAAGAAAGAUAAUUCACCUACCCAGGUGUACAACUAUCAGCCUUGCGACCACCCCGACCACCCCUGCGACAGCUCCUGCCCCUGCAUCAUGACUCAGAAUUUCUGUGAAAAGUUCUGCCAGUGCAAUCCUGACUGUCAGAACCGCUUCCCGGGCUGCCGCUGUAAGACCCAGUGCAACACCAAGCAGUGUCCAUGCUACCUGGCUGUGCGGGAGUGCGACCCUGACCUGUGCUUGACCUGCGGGGCGUCGGAGCACUGGGAUUGCAAGGUGGUCUCCUGCAAGAACUGCAGCAUCCAGCGCGGCCUCAAAAAGCAUUUACUGCUGGCUCCAUCAGAUGUCGCUGGCUGGGGGACGUUCAUCAAGGAAUCUGUGCAGAAGAAUGAAUUUAUCUCUGAAUAUUGUGGUGAGCUUAUUUCUCAGGACGAGGCCGACCGGCGAGGGAAGGUCUAUGACAAGUACAUGUCCAGCUUCCUCUUCAACCUCAACAAUGAUUUCGUUGUUGAUGCCACCCGCAAAGGAAACAAAAUCCGCUUUGCCAACCACUCUGUGAACCCCAACUGCUACGCCAAAGUGGUGAUGGUGAACGGAGACCACCGGAUAGGAAUCUUUGCCAAGAGGGCCAUCCAGGCAGGGGAGGAGCUCUUCUUUGAUUACAGGUACAGCCAGGCCGAUGCCCUGAAGUACGUGGGCAUAGAAAGGGAGACGGAUAUCAUCUAGCCCCCUGCGAGCGUGCCCCCUGCUCCUGGCUGCCGCGAUGCCGUGUUCAUUCCAUGCUCCAUCAUUGCUGCCCCUGUUCCCGUUGCUGUGUGUCCCGAGUGCUCCGUUCCAGCCAGGCGCCUGGGAGCAAAGCCCAGGCCAGGAGCAGGAGCCAGACUCUGCCUGGGGCUAGCAGGAACCUGGCUCGGUUCCAGGGCAGGUGGGCGCUGGCGCUCCUGGGCUGGGGCAACUCCAGAGACUGAGGCUGUUGGACUGGAAGGAAGAAGAGUGGCCAAGAAAUGCUCAGUCUGUUUCUAAACCUGCCUGAGCAACCAGCUGCAUCUGGAGCUAAGGGACCUUGGAGAGACCCCCCUGCAUGCAGGGAGCAGGUAGCGGGUGCUUGAUGUUACUCUGCUCACAGCACAGUCAUUGGAGUCAGCUUUUAUCCCUGGGGUGACUGUUGCUACCUCUCGAUUUCCUUCCAUGCUGAAGUGCUGGGGACGAGGCUGCUAGCACAUGGUCAGACCCCAUGGAGGGUCAGUCCUGCCUCUCUGCGGCGCAGUUCCAGGGGCCCCAAGCGCUCCUGGCCGCCUGGCGAAAGGGGGGAGCCACCCAGCACGUGUGGAAGGGUCCGCCAGGGCAAGGAGCCGUGUUGGUCCCGUGAUGCGAUGGUGCCAGGAGGAGCCGUGUGUGUAUCUGUCGUGGGAUUGCCCCAGGAGCCCCAGGAGAUGGUGGGAGGGGGCAGGAAAUGUGAGGUCAGCUGGGGCAUGGGAGGCCCCAGCUCCCACCUGCCUGGCUCUGCAGAACCACAGGUGCAUGAUGUCUAUUUCUGUCUCUGGCACUGGAUAGGCCCUUGGAGCCUGGUGUGUCACACCCCCCCCUGCUGUGCAGGACUGGGGUGCCAUAGGCCGCGGCUGCGGCUCCAGCUCCCUGCGAUUGGGGUUAGGGGCAGGAACCCUGGGUCCUUCCUGUGUCAAGCCUUUAGGCCGUAACAGGAUGGCGGGCACUGCUGGGAUGGCCCCUCUGGGCCACGGGCUCUUCUCAGCCCCUGGUGGCUUCUGUUCUGUUAGCCAAGUGAGUGGUGCAGACACUUUAACCCGCAUCUCUGUAGGGCUGAGCAACUGGCACUGCCACCAGGGCUGGGACUCGGGCUGCUCCACUCCCCGUCCUCGAGAGGGGUUUUCCCCUUCUGGAGCUGCCCUCCCGUGGGGUGGCUUCAGCCCCAGAGAUGCCACGCCAGAGCCAGCCAACACUGCGAACGCUGGGCACUGAACUACCGGGCACUGCUCUGUGCUGACCAGUGAGUGGGGCUGGGGCCUCUCUGGGGGGCUGCCAGUCAGCGUAGGUCUGCUGGGGCUGGAAGUAAGGGUCUCCCCAGGAGAUCAGAGAGCUGCUGGCCUACAGAUCGCAGACAGCGCAGAGCUUCCAGCCUGCCCAGUGCUGGGCUGGGUGCUCUAGCAUCACACUGUUGAGCCGGCAGGUUCCCCUGGGCCAGGCUGACCCAGCAGUACCUGUAAGGCACUUUACGAGCCCCACGUGGCUCUCCGCUCCAGCCUGGAGCCUCUGCCAUUGCACAGAACUCCUCGCGGGAUGGCAUUUGGAUCAGCGAGAGCUUUGCCUGCUGUAAAUAUGUUGCUGACUGCCAGCAGAUCUGUUGCGCCAGGCCCUGGCCUGGCAGCGCAAACCCAAGGGGCAGGCUCCCCAGAGAUGGUUCCUGAGCUGGAGAGCAGAGCAGGGUCUGCUCUCAGCACCCCAUGCAACGAAAUCAAGUGAGCACUUUAAAAUAAGCCUCCCACCCAGCCAAGGGGCUGGGACCAGGGCUGUUCCUGGGCAGCUCUGGGUUUGAGGACACACCUGCCAGCCCAAGGUAUCAUCCUUCAGUGGGGCAUGUUCCCCUAUCCCUCCCUCUCCAAGCACAGCUGGUGCUGGGUGAGGUCAGUUCAGACACCAGGGUCUUGUCCUGGAACAGGAAUGAAAGCAGUGGGGGGGCUUGUGCUUGGGGAGAGGGGACACAAUGUUCUGGGGCUGACGCACAGUGAGAGGCAUCCAGAGGGCAGGGCCUCCAGCUAAGGGCAGCUACCUUACAGGUGUCCGGCUCCCAGUGCCCUGGCUGGUCUCCUUUCCAGGUCACGUGGUGCAGGGUAGCAUCCAGGGGAAAUGCCUGUGUGCUUGGGGCAGGGGACUGGCAAGAAGCUGGGGGGUGUAACAGAGCUGGGGCAGGUCCAGGAAGAUCAGCCUAUCGGCCCAGCAAACAGCUGUGCCCCACGGCCACCUUGGGUCCCAAGAGCUGGGUCCUGAGUGCCAAGCUGCCGUGGGCCAAUGAGGCCACGAGAACAGAGCGCAGGGCUGAGCUGAGUCCGCUCGCUGGCCGAUGCCCUCGGACUAGACUGAGGGGGGGAACUGCCAGCAGCACGCAGGCCAAGGGGCAGCUGGCUGAGCGCUGUCUCGCUCUGGGCGGAGGGUGCAGUCAGGCUGGAGGAGAGCCAGGGUCUUGGGCCUGCCGCCUACUGCCACAGGCUAAUUCCUGUUCUCCAGCAUCCAGGCAUCUGUUACUGCUGCUAGCAGCUGAGUGGGGCCUAAGGCCUGUCCUGCCUGCACUGCUUUCCCCCCAGGGCUGUUAGGCCCAUCUCCCUCCCUGGGGCUGGCAGGGGUGUGCGCCUCGGCCCCCUUUGUGUCUCAAUGAGAGACCCACCCCUCCCUGGCACCAUACGCCCACCCCAGCUAGUGACUUGCCCCCUGCCCUUGGCUGCCUGCGCAGCGAGAGGCUUUGUGUCUGUGGUCUGCUGCCCGUGAAUUAUAUGCACUUUAAAACUGAUGUGGCUUGUAAUCUUUGUCCUAAUAAAGUGGUAGUGAAUGUC